AUGCUUGUUGCCAAUUCAGAGAAUUCAUCUAUAAAUCAUAGAACACAGUGUCAUGAAGAUCAACGGUUCGCAACAAAUACAUCUGAUAAAAAGCAUCGAACAGUAGUUACAUCGACAAUGCCACCAGUUAAAUCUGUCAACAGAACAGACUACUUACGUGCGCAUACACGGGAUGUUGAAGAUGGAGUCGAUUUAAAAAUAUUAGGUAAUAAACCUAUCUCCUCGAUGCAGAAACAUUUAAAUUCAGCUAAGAUAUCUGUACCUAAGGCAGAAUCAGCAAAAAAUGUUGAAUUCAUUAGACGUGAUAUAAAUUUUGUCCGAGCUAAUGCACACCUAGCAUCAGUACCAAGUAUAAAAAGCACUGCUGGUAUUCGUCGGGUAGCAAGUAUGAAUUCUUUAUCAGCAUCAUCAUCAUCAUCACUGAUCAAUGAUAAAACUUAUCAUAAUGUUUGUUUGAAUGAUACAAAAAUGUCUAAAUCACAAAUUUCGCAUACUUCAAGAAUGUGGCCUGAAAGACGUUUGAAAAAUGGUACUAUUCCACCUUAGUAAGUUGAAAACCAUUUGAUGACUUACUUUAUGUCAACAAAGAAAUAUUCUAGAUUAUUAAGCGUUUUGUGUUUAAGAAUAUAUGAGGGUACAUACUAAUCCCAUUAGUCACUUCAAAAUAUAUCAUCUAGAACUGUCUAAAUAACUUCACGGUUAAGUUUCAAAUGAUUUUCUUUAGCAUUUCAGAUGCGCUUGGAGUUGUGGUUGGUUAUUCUAGGCGCUCGACUUUCAAUUGAUGAGUAACCGGCUUGAAUUCCACUCAAUCCACCAAGAUUUGAGCUGUCAGAUCAGUCAUUGUCAUUAGCUCGCCCACUAGAGAUACGAUUCAUUGUCU